AUGGACUCUCAAACCGAAAACAACCAAUCCACCAGACCGGUCGAAAUGACCACCGACAAUGUCGUGUCUGAGCAGCCUACCGCCGCUCCUUCAAUGAACCCGACUCAGCCACCUACCAAGCUCGGUCUCCGAGGUGGUGGUGAAGGUGAAGAUGUCUGCUGUGGCCUGUGA